UGCCACUUUGGCCGCAAUAUCAACUGUGGGGCUAGUAAACAAACUUUUUUAUCGAUAAGAACAAUUCCAAGUAUGCAAUUUCCUACAAUGAAACAGAGGGAGUUUUCAAUCUAAAGGACGUAAAUAUUGUUCGUUGUGUUUAUUACAGAUGAUUACAGAUUCUCAGUCAGGUCAGGUGUAAUGUGUUUUUAUUAGAGAUCAUUUUCAGGCACUUUUGCGAUCAUUACAAUAUUUAUAGUUGAAAAUUUCUUAUUACACGUUUACCUUGUCAUCGGUACGAUUUAUGCAUAUUGGUCGAUUCAUCCUCAAUUGUUAUAAAUAGUUUUUAGACAUACGUACAUAAUGCCACGUAGAAAUCGUCAUAAAAGGACACCCCCUAUUGGGGAAGAUACUAGAAUUGCAGUAAAUUUAACAAUAAAGAAAUUGUUGGAAACUAUAGAUCAGAAGGAAUUAGAAUUUCCAUCUUCAUAUACAGCAGAAGAGAGGGCCUAUAUUCAUAAACUAGCUUUUGAACUUGGACUGAAAUCUAAAAGCAGGGGUAAAGGUAUGAAUCGUUUUAUAACUGUAUAUAAAAGAGAAGGGUCGACUAUAGUUCAAGCUGAUGCUGUAAUUAAAUUACAAAAGUCAUCGAGACAGAGUAUCUAUAAUUUAUUGCAAACUUUCCCAUUAAAUCAUAAAGAAUGCCAAGACCUGUUACCACCAAUCGAAAGAGAACGACCUCUUAAUGCGGAUGUUUCAGUAAAUACAAAUGGAAAGGCAAUCGGCAGAUUAAAUAACAGCGUGCCGCAAAUUCCACAAUUGAAGACUAACUUUGACGUAUUAAAUUAUCGCAAGGCACUCCCUAUUUUUAGCUGCAGAGAGGAUAUUCUCGAUGCUUUAAAUACUAAUCAAGUAGUUAUAAUAGGAGGCGAAACUGGAAGCGGGAAAACUACCCAAGUUCCUCAAUUUAUUCUUGAAUACUAUCAACAAAGGCAUCAACCGUGUAGAAUUAUUUGUACUCAACCAAGGAGAUUAUCCGCUGUCUCGGUAGCUGAACGAGUAGCAUUCGAGAGAGAUGAGAAAAUUGGUCAAACGUUUGGUUAUCAAAUAAGGCUUGAAAGUAGAGUUGCUCCGAAAACUCUUUUAACAUACUGUACAAAUGGUGUAUUGCUUAGAACUCUCAUGGCAGGGGAUUCUGCCUUGAGUACUGUUACACAUGUUAUCGUAGACGAAGUUCACGAGCGCGAUAGAUUUUGUGAUUUUCUUCUAAUCGCAUUAAAAGAUGCAUUACAGAAACACAAGUCCUUGAAACUUAUAUUAAUGAGCGCUACGUUAGAUGUUAACAUCUUUAUAAAAUAUUUUAACAAAUGCGGAGUUGUGAACGUCUUAGGCAGAUCGCACGAUGUCGAUAUAUAUUUCCUCGAAGAUGUCUUAAAGAUGACUGGUUACAUGACGAAGGAAAUGCUUUCAAAGAGGAAAGAGUUCAUGAAUAAAAAGGAUCAAUGUAAAAUUUUAGAAAGUUGGACUCAAUAUAAGCCCCAACAAUCGGAAUCAAAUGUUAUGAGUAAAAGGUGCGUAUUACCUGCGCCAAUUUUAGCACAGCAGAACGAAUCUAUUCCAGAGAAAGCGAAAUUGGAACCGUGGCUAGUAGAAGAAAUGGAUAAAAGCAUUUCCGAAGCAUGGUUAAACGGGGGUGAAGACAAUUUCGCACAAAUUUUGUACUUCAUACUGUCCGAAAAUGUAUCUGUAGAUUAUCAACAUUCCACAACGUCUGUAACUCCGCUUAUGGUGGCUGCAGGUAGAGGAGAUAUAAAUACUACAGAGCAGCUGUUAAAUUUGGGAGCAAAUUUAUAUUUACGUGCUGGCAAUGAAUGGACCGCAUUAGAUUGGGCUAGAAACAUGAAUCAAACUGAAUGUGCCGAGUUAAUCGAAGCGUAUAUGAAAACUUACGAUUGUACAUCACAAAAUGCGUCGCCGGCAAAUACUAAAGAUAUUCCACUCUCGGAGGAAGAUAAAUUAUUGUUAGAUGUAUACCAUCAUACAUUUAACGACGAUAAAAUUAAUUAUGAUCUUCUUCUACAAUUAAUUCUGCAUAUUCACUUAAAAAUGCCACCCGGCUCUCUCUUAAUAUUUUUACCAGGAUAUGACGAUAUCGUAACUAUGAGAGAAAAAAUAAAUAACGAAGAGAAAGAAAUGAAUCAAGGAUUGCGCUACAAUCUGUAUGUGCUUCAUUCUAACAUGCAAACAAGUGAUCAAAAGAAAGUAUUUAAACCAAGUCCCGCGGGAACUCGAAAAAUUAUUCUUUCGACAAAUAUUGCGGAGACAAGUAUCACGAUUGACGACGUUGUAUACGUUAUUGAUUCCGGCAAGGUUAAAGAAAAGUCUUUCGAUGCAUUAUCCGGAGUGUGCAUGCUUAAAUCCAAUUGGAUUUCUCAAGCCUGUGCGAAGCAACGUAUGGGCAGAGCAGGAAGAUGUAGAAAAGGCAUUUGCUAUCGCUUGUUUUCUUCGAUACGAUUCAACAGCAUGGAGGCUUAUCAAACCCCUGAAAUAUUGAGAUCACCGUUGCAAGAAUUAUGUUUAUACACUAAACAUUUAGCUCCGGGAAAUACACCUAUCGCAGAAUUUCUAGACCGGGCAUUAGAACCACCUUCUAACGCAGUAACGAGGAAUGCAGUUCAAUUAUUAAAAACUAUCGAUGCAUUGGAUCCAUGGGAAGAUCUUACAGAAUUAGGAAGUCAUUUGCUCGAUUUACCAAUUGAACCACGACUUGGAAAAAUGUUGUUAUAUGCCGUUGUUUUGAAAUGCUUAGACCCAGUCUUAACUAUCGUCUGUAGUUUGGCAUACAAGGAUCCUUUCAUUCUACCUCUCCAACCAUCGCAGAAAAGAGCUGCGACUGUGGCUCGUAAGAAAUUCGCGACGAAUACGUAUUCCGAUCAUAUGGCAGUUUUACGUGCUUUUCAAGGUUGGCAAAAUGCACGGGCCAGCGGCAAAGAACGCGCAUUCUGCGAUCAAAAUUUCAUAUCUGCUGCCGUAAUGGAAAUGGUUGUUGGAAUGCGCACUCAACUUCUUGGUCAACUUCGUGCAUCUGGAUUUGUUAGAACACGAGGGCCAGGAGAUAUCAGAGAUUUGAAUUCUAAUUCUGAAAAUUGGGCGGUAGUGAAAGCUGCGUUAACUGCCGGUUUAUAUCCAAACUUGAUGAGAGUUGACAGGGAGCACUUGCAAUUAAGAACACAGAAAGAAGUGAAAGUAUUUUUCCAUCCGUCAUCAACAUUAAGAGAUUGUCCCAAGUCACCAAGAAUGACAUCCACUCAAACAUACGCAGCUAACGUGGAGGCUUUGCCCUGUGACUGGUUGCUUUACGAAGAAAUGAGUCGCACAGGACGAUUUUGUCAUGUUAGAAUGGUCACUUUAGUAAAUCCGUUAACAGUGGCUUUGUUUUGCGGACCAGCGAGAUUGUCUGUGGAUGUAAUUUAUGAGGCUGAAUCUGUACCAGAGAGUGAAUCAGAUUCGGAAGUGGAUGAGAGUAAUGAAGGAACAAUUUUUAAACUCGACGAUUGGGUCGUAUUUAAAUUUGAUCCGGAAACUGCCCGAUUCUUCUUACAUUUAAGACAGAAGUGGAACGCUUUGUUUUUAAGACGCAUGAAAGCGCCUAACAAAGCAAUGUCGCAGUUAGACGAAAAAGUAGUGAGUACGUUAGUGAACGUAAUCACGAACGAAGAACAAGCGUGUGGAUUGCAACAGCCACCUGGCAUCGGUCAAAGACCGCGACCUCUAAUAGUUGAUUGUUACCCUGCCAACGUUAAGAAAACGGACGACUUUGUAGAGAGGAGUUUCUGAGAUUGAAUGGAUACAAGAUAUUUUGCAAAUUGUAAAUUGACAAGUAUUUUAUUCUCUUGGUUCCUAUGUGUGAUUUAUUGACUUAAAAGGUAAUGAGAAUCGUAUUUUCGAAUAAGUUACUUCUGAAAUAGACAGGGUGAAAGAAACGAAUUUUCAAUAGUCAUAAAAUAUUCGUAGGCACGUUAAUAAGUUUUCCAUGGUAUCAAUAAAUUUCAAUGAAAUUAAUUACAGUCGAAAAACAAAGCAUUGAAAGAAAAAGAUUCUGUUUAAAUUGUAUCUCUUACAUAUUCAUCUCAAUUCAGUUACUAACUGUAUGUACCUAAUCAAAACAGUUAUUAAUUAGCAAGCUCUUUUUUUUGGCGGUGUUAUUAGAUUACUGCAUAUGUAACUUUGUCGCUUGCUAUUAAAUAUUGCAAAACUGUUCUGCGAUUGCUUCACAUUUCCAAUUUACUGCCUAAAGUAGUAUAGAAUGAACAACACGUAGGAAUCAAAGUAAAUCUUUGUACCUUUAACGAAUGUGAUAUACUAUACUGUAUAGACAUAACUCAUAAGUGGUUUAUUUACAUUUUAUACUGUACAUAAUGUGUGUACUUUAAUUAUGAUUUACUAUACAGAUAAAUCGCACUUAAGGAAAGCAUUAAUUUACAAGCUAGAAGCUAAAAUCGAUAUCUAUAUAAUUUAAAAAGUGCAGUAUGCAUGUGCAAUCUAAUUAUAUAAUUUGUAAAUCACCCUUUAAAACUUAGUGAAAAUUGCUAUUGUUUCUUCAAUAACUUAUUAUACAAAGAUUUAUAACGAAGUACAAAAUGUACGUUAUUUUAGGUAUUCUGGAAAUUAUAAACUGCAGAAAGACUGUUUAUUUUCUAUACAUGAUCUAAUUUAUGCAGCUAAUUGUAUAACAUUUAAAUGAUAAAACUAUACUUAUGUGUUGAUGUUAACAUAGUAUGUAGACUUUAUUGUACAACUUUUAAGUGUGAUAAUAAAAGCUUUAUGCUAUGAAA